UUUGAGACUAUAUCAACUGUUUAUGGGUAGCUGAGUUGGUUGCGGGGUGAUUUAUUCUAUCAUCCGCUUUCCCCGCCCCAUACACCCCAGACGGCAGUCAAAUCUCCUCUCAUCACUCAGACAUGGAGGCAGAAUACCUCCGGCUCGCGGGCACCAUCCGCACCAAAGCAAGUGUUCACAAUAAACCGCGACUCCUGGUCGCCGUGGCCGGAAUCCCAGGGUCAGGCAAGACGACGACGGCGUCUGCCGUAGCCCAGCGACUCAACGCGGGCCCGUCCCCCAUUCGCACAGUGCUCGUCCCUAUGGACGGCUUCCACCUACCACGGUCCACACUCGACCAACUCCCCAACCGGGAAGAGGCAUACAUCCGGCGCGGUGCGCCCUGGACCUUCGAUGCCACACGCUUCCUUGCAUUCGUCCAUCAACUACGGCAAUGGGCGGAUCAGGCCCACACAUCUACUGACAACUCCCCCACACUCUACGCACCGUCAUUCGACCACGAGUCCAAAGAUCCCGUCGAGAACGGCAUCGCCAUCACAGACGACACCACGAUCCUCAUCCUUGAAGGAAACUACGUGCUCCUGGACGAGCCGCAGUGGCGCGAGGUCGCGCCCCUAAUGGACCUGCGCGUCUUCGUGGACGCAGACCCCAGCGAGGCAAGGGACCGCAUCGCCCGACGCCACGUCCAGGUAGGUAUUGAAGGGACCUUAGCCGACGCGUACCGUCGCGCCGACAGCAACGACUGUCUGAAUGCGCGGACUAUCCGAGGGAAGCUGAUUCCGCCGGAUAUUGUGGUGCAGAGUGCGGCGGAGCCGAUAUAGAUAUACUAGCUCGAAUCAAUUGAUUUACAUAUCGCUAUCAUCCCACACCACACCUCCCGUCCUCGACUCACUCUUUAAUCUGCUGCUUGUGAAAGACGCCCGGAAUCUCAGGCAUCCAGCUGGCCCUCGACCGACAAAAGAACUCUCCUUUGGGCGGCAACGCCUCGGGGUCAUCCAACGAGCCGACACAGAUAUACCGGAACUUGUC